ACCUACCUACCUACCUACCUACCUACCUACCUACCUACCUACCUACCUACUCCAUGUACCGAGUAUAGGGUAGGAGGAGGGGAGAGUGGGCCCUUCGGGAAGGCAACGAGCCGAGAAGACGACUAGUCGUACGCAGAUAGGCGAACUGUCAAGUCGUGCGGUGUCGAGCUUCGAUUCGUCGCGUAUAUCCAGCUCGCUCGUUCUUGUGUUGUGCCGGUACGUUGCUCGAUCGAGUAUCACAGUGCUUGAUUUAUUCUCGCGUUGACACGUCAGUAGUAGUGCGGCUUCGCGUGCAAUCCGGAUCGAGAGCGUCACAUUGUUGUUGACAUCGACACAGAUUCAGGUCUCCACUCGUGGAUCGGACGUAUUACCGAUAAAACACGAUCUCAUCUGUACAUUGUGCUCGAAGCGAAAUUGGAUUACAGUGCGGACCGGAGUGUGUUGUUUCCCCAUUAUUCUGUUUUCGAGACAGUGUCGAAUGUUUUGCGCGCGCGAAUAUCGACAAUUAUAUCACUACCAUGUUUCGGACGUAGCAUUUUCAACAAGUCUCACAGACGAAGUUCGCAUACCCGCGUAUACUCUUAUACGUUUGGUGGUGUACGAUGAUUUUACUCGAUAAAUCUGUGUAAUUCGUGAGAGGGAAAGAGAUACAUAGAGAGAGAGAGAGAGAGAGAGAGAGAGAAAGGGUGACUCUGGUGAUCGAUAAAUAUUUUACGUGCCACGGGCAAACAGGAGUCGAGUGUGUGUUUUUUUGUUUCGUUUCCUUUUUAUCUUAAUUGUGCCCGAUUUGUUGUCAUCGUUGUCAUCAUCGUCAUCAUUGAUGGCGACGUCAACGGGUGCGCCAGGUCGCGUUUCGAGAACGUUAAACAAUUGACGCGUCGUUACCAAUCUUCUCCUCUCGCGAACGUAACGAACCCAAACCGGGGAAUACAUAGAGAAAUAUCGCAUAUAAUUUAUUAGAAUUAAUUCACUUUCCCGAAGUAAUCAACCGUACGCGCAAAAAUUGUGCAUCGUGGUUAGCCAGCGAAGAAAAGAAUUUCCUAAUAGAUAAAUAAAUAAACGGCCGCAUUCGAGAAAGAGAAAGAGAAGGAGAGAGAAGGAAGAGCUGACAAGCUGCUCCGAUAGUUGCUUUAUAUAUGUGCCGAUACACGUGCACGUCCGUCCGGCGUGCGGUGCUUCUCGCGCAAGGGUGGUGAUAUGUUAUUGGAGAUGGAGCAACAUUCGGGCCUGAUAUCCCUGAGCAUGUCGCCGUUCCACCUGAGUCCGCAGGGCAGUCCGCAGGCCGCCGGGCAGCAGCCUCCGCAGCAACAACCGCAGCCGCAUUACGGCUCGUCGCCUUACGGUAAUUGCGCCCAGAGCUCGCCGUCGCCCAUGUGCCAUCAGCAACAGCCGCAACAGACUCAGUCGCAGCAGCAGCAACAAAUGUCCGCACAUGGCCAGACGGUGCAGUCCCAAGGCGGCGGCAGCAUGUCCAACUUCGAGUCCAAUUUCUACGAGAUCGCAGAGGACAAUCGUUGCCCCAUGUGCGGCCACAAGGACAUAUCCAAUUAUCAGUACGGCCUGCUUACGUGCGAGAACUGUAAGGGUUUCUUCAAGCGCAACAGUUCGCCGUGUAACAAAAAGAUCUACUCGUGUCUUUUCUCCCCUACGGGGGGUGGCGGCGGCGGCGGCGGCGGCGGAGGUGGUGGUGGUGGUGGUGGUGGCGGCGGCGGUGGCGGUAAUGGCGGCGGCGGCGGUAACGGCGGCUGCGGCGCGUCCUCGGCGUUCGAGAUUUGCUCCGACAAGAAGGUGUACACGUGUCUGUUCCCGCCAACAGGAGCCGGAAGCGGCAACGGCGCCUGCGGCGGCACGUCUACCGGUCUGGAAGGUAACGGAGGCGGUGGCGGCGGCGGCGGAGGAGGAGGAGGAGGAGGAGGAGGAGGCGGCGGCUACACCGGCAACGGCAGCGGUGCGUCUACCGGUGCGUCCGGUGGCGGUGGUCCAGGCACGGCGAACGUCGGGAUCAGCGGAGGCGGCGGAGGACCUGGUGUCGCCGCCGCGGGAAGCGGCAACGUCGCCGCCGGUGCGGUCCCCACUGGCGGCGGUGGUACCCUCUGCCAUCCUGGGUUAGGCCAGGUCGGCGUCGUCACCGGCUCGAUCCCCUGCCCGUCCGACUUCCCGGAUACCAAGGACAUCAUCAUCGAGGAGCUGUGCCCGGUAUGCGGCGACAAGGUCUCGGGCUAUCACUACGGUUUACUCACGUGCGAGUCCUGCAAAGGCUUCUUCAAGCGCACCGUCCAGAACAAGAAGGUGUACACCUGCGUCGCUGAGAGGUCCUGCCAUAUCGACAAGACGCAGCGGAAGCGAUGUCCCUUCUGCCGGUUUCAAAAGUGCCUCGAGGUCGGCAUGAAGCUCGAGGCCGUGCGAGCGGACAGGAUGCGAGGCGGUAGAAACAAAUUCGGGCCCAUGUACAAGAGGGACCGAGCGCGCAAGUUGCAGCUUAUACGUCAACGACAAAUGGCCAUUCAGUCGAUACGGGGCAGUCUUGGUGACCCAUCCAGCUAUUCGCCCGCGGUGACGCCGUUGUUGCACAUCAAGCAGGAGAUCCAAAUACCUCAGGUCUCGAGUCUGACCUCGUCGCCGGACUCGAGCCCGUCCCCCGCGACCGUGGCUGCCGGCCUGGUCACGACGCAGGCAGGCGGUGCUAAUCAGCACCAGCUGAUCGCGCCGUCCACCCAACCGAACAUCGGCACCAGCAGCAGCGGAGGCAGCGGUGGCGGCGGCGGAGGCGGCGGCGGUGGCGGCAAUCACCUGCACAAUCUCAACCCCGGUCUGGAGAGCAAACUUUGGACCGCGAACUCCACCACCUCCGGCACGAAGGUCUUCAACUUCGGUGAACAGUCCGCGCAGCCCCACGGCGGCGGGGUGGCCGGUUACACGCCUAAUCCCGGCGCCGUUCUGAAAACAAAUAAUCCGAUGAUAAGGGACUUCCUGUCAUCGAUCGAUGACCGCGAGUGGCAGACGUCUCUCUUCGGACUCUUACAAAACCAAACGUACAAUCAGUGUGAAGUGGACUUGUUCGAAUUAAUGUGUAAAGUGCUCGACCAGAAUCUGUUCUCGCAAGUGGAUUGGGCUAGAAAUUCGACGUUCUUCAAAGAUCUCAAGGUUGACGAUCAAAUGAAACUACUACAACACUCUUGGUCGGAUAUGUUGGUGCUAGACCACCUUCAUCAAAGGUUACACAAUAAUCUACCCGACGAGACGACACUUCAUAAUGGCCAAAAGUUUGAUCUCCUUUGCCUCGGCCUACUCGGAGUUCCUGCCUUGGCCGAUAUCUUCAAAGAUCUAUCCAAAAAACUUCAGGAUCUAAAAUUCGACCCCUCCGAUUACAUAUGCAUGAAAUUUCUAAUGCUGCUUAAUCACGAUGUCCGUGGACUAGUAAACAAAAAGCAUGUGCAAGAGGGUCACGAGCAGGUUCAACAGACGCUUAUGGAGUACACGCUAACUUGUUACUCAUCUAUACCGGAUAAGUUUAACAAACUGAUAGCAGUAUUACCGGAAAUCCACGAGGUGGCAACUAGGGGAGAAGAGCAUCUUUAUCAGAAACAUUGUAGCGGAAGCGCGCCGACGCAAACGCUUCUCAUGGAAAUGCUUCACGCCAAGAGGAAAUGAAACGAUCAGUUUUUCUUGGUAAUUUUUGCCAUCGAAUAUAAUUCGUCGCUAUAUAUAUAUCGGGAAACAAAUAUAUAUAUAUAUAUAUAUAUAUAUAUAUAUAUAUAUAUCGAAGUCCUGUUAUUGCCCCUAAUCGUGAAAUAGAGUGGACCUCAAAGUACAUAUAAGAGCUAAGAUGCUGCUAAGGUAUCAGACCAAGUAAAGGGGCCCUGGUUCAAGAUAUACCUAUGCAUACAAAUCAAGUAUAGACGUACACAUACUUUACAUAUAUAUAUAUAUAUACACAUAGUAUAUGUAUCAUAAAGUGUAUUUAAAUAUAUAAACACAUAUAUUUUCUAUAUUUGAUGUUGAAGUUUUAGAGAUGUAUCCGUGAAGAAUUACCCCUGUUGGCGGGUACAAGAGCAGGGAAACAGUAAGCAAGAUGCCUUGAAAACAGUACAAAGGGUGGUUAAAACAAACACAAAAAAAUAUUGGUCAAAGGGCAGGCAACUUUGUCUAAAUAAGUAAAACUAUUUUUCUAAUAUAACUUAGAAGCGAAUUUAUUUUUAAGCAUACCACACACCACUGAAGCCUUGCUCUCACUCAAACGAAAUAUAUAUCGUACUACCGUUAAAGAGAAUCGAAAGUCUCUUUCUCUCUCUCUCCAGAUCAAUCGUGCUUCUGCAAGGGAUUCAAUGGGCAUACUUGAAUGACAAUGAAUUGUAUGUGAUAUACAUAUAUGUUUCUCGCACGGCCACCUGGGCAUCCUUAGAAUUUCCUAUAAAAAAAUCUGCAUUUUGUCACACUUGCACACAGCAGGGCUAUUAUUGUAAAUAUCUAGUUAACACAUUCCAUUUAUGUUGUAAAGUACGAAUCCUGUUAAAUAUGUAAUUAUCAUAUUUUGUGUAUAGUCGAAUAAUAAUGAAAUGAAAUAAAUAUAUUUCUGUUGCUUAUUCUCGAGAAAAAAUUAUUAGCUACUUAAUGUCUUCACUAAUUUUAGAAUCUUAUUCAUGUAACUUCUUUAUUAUUUUUCAAAUAGGUGGCGGAAAGGAAUAACUACAAAUUGCGAUAUUUUACUAUUGUAUGUUGUAUCAUAAUAAAGAUUCUGUUUUAAGAAAUAAAAGAAUCAUUGGAGCAAGGUUUAUGUGGUCCUAUAUUGUCUAGCGAUUAAUUCUAAAUAUAUAAGGUAACAUUAAUCGCGUAUCGCAGUUGUUAAAUAGAGAAAUAUUUAGUAAAUGUUAAGCUAGAGCGAUCGAAAGUAGACAUUUUUUACUAAUAGAUUAUUAUUAAAUAUUAAUUAUAUUAUUAAUUAUUACUAUUAUUAUUGUUUAGCCGAUAGUCAGAAAAUUUUUCAGUGCUGUGAAGGUUGUCUUUCCGACGCCUGUGGUAUAUCAAAGCCAUUGGAAAUUAUAAUAUUGUGUCAGACGCAAAGCUUAAAUGUGACAAAAGAGACAGAAAUCUCUCCUCGCACCUGGUAGAUUGGUAAUGUUGCCCGUUGCGACUCCUCUUGUAUUUAUUCACGUAUCAAACACACGUACCUGCUACAAAAAUGCUAUUUUACUACUUUCACUUUUUCCACCGAUUUUUCGUAAUACAUACAUACAUAUAUAUAUAUAUAUAUAUAUAUAUAUAUAUAUAUAUAUAUAUAUAUGUGUAAUUAGAGUUGUGAACGACUUGUUGACAAGCGCAAAACUCGACUUUGUCACGUUAGAUUAAGAAUCGAGUGUUAAAUCAAAUCAAGAGAAGAGCGGUAACGAGUAUUAUUACCACGGAAAUAAAAAUAUUUUGACGAGGGCAUCGUAUAUGUACUUAUCGCGCGAGUAAAGAUUUAUGUCCGCCGUCAAGUGUUUGACUUUAUACGCCGAUCUAUAGAAAAUGCUAAUGUUCCCAAAUUUUCAAAUCGUCUGGUUCUUCAUAUAGGAUGUAAUUGGAUACACAGGUCUAGGUUUAUCAUUAUUCUCAUCUUCAGUGCUUCUUUGCAAAAGAAAAAAAAGGAUUUUUAUUUUAACUCACGACACGAAUGACUACCUCUUCAUAUCUGUAUUAAGUUUUUAUACUUUUACAUUUUUAGUAACCACAUACCUCAGAAUAGACGCCCAGAUAGCAAUUUGAGUGAAAUGAGUGAAUGUAAUUACGCAUAAACAAAUAUUUUUAAUCCGUAUAGUGUGUAUAAUUACACAUUAAGAAACUACGAUAUGUAAUACAACUUAUUAAAAAUAUCGUACAUUGUAUAUGUCCACAUUUUAGAUCUUAGUUAUAUUAUUAUUAUUAUUAUUAUUGUAAUUUUGCAACUUAGUUCAUAAUUGUGUCACUUACCAUGUAUUAGUUACUGCUGUUACAUUUGAAAAAAAUCGCUUUAAAUCAUACAUUGCUGUUUGGGUGAGACAAGUUCACGCUACCGUUUAUUUAUUGUAUAUCGUCUUUUCUCAUUUCUGAGACCUCCUGCUGAACGUGUCGGUCUGAUAAUUUUGGGACAAAUCGUAUUAAUCGCAUCAUUUCCUUCUCUCUUUCUAUGUUAAUGAAAAAAAAAACUAAAUUUUGAAGAUAUAGCUCUAUAUCAAUUAUCUUUGUAUAUAUUGGUAUAUAGGAUUAAGGUAUAUAAAGUGUGACAUAUUAAUCUCUUUAAAAAUUUAAUUUUAGGAAGACAUUUUCUUUUUUAUAUAAAAUGUGUACAGGAUUUUGAAAGGUGAUAUUUAAUGGCAAUAAUAUCUUUAUAUAUAUUUUUUUAAACGAAAAAAAUCUUUAUUAACAAAGUGUCAUUAUUUUUUUCUAGAAAAUUUGCUGAAAUAGACAAAUUCAAUAGUAAUAUUUUUUAAAAAUAUUAACAUAAGUUUUGCAUCCAAUUAUAUCGAUUAUAGCAAUUCUAUAACCAUGUAUUCAAUAACAUAAGUGUGUAUGCUUAUGAAGAAUACAUGUGUCAAAUAAAAUUAUAACAGAAGCAUAUAUAAGCACGUUUCUAUUAAUACAUAGACAUGAACAUUUAUAUGAUGCUAAAGCUUGUGCAAAUAUUGAAAGAAAUUACAUUGAAAAAAUAAUGAGAUCAUCAUAUUACUAUUAUUUUUCGAAAAAAAUAGCAUAAAGUAUUAUAGUCACUACAUAUUCCUUUGCAAAAUCGCAUGUUUUAUUUCAGAUGUUUUCUUUCAAUUUAAAAUAAGUAUAUUUUUUUCAAACAUUAAUAUGCCAUGCUUUAUAAACGCCUCAUCCUAUAUAUAAGUCCAUCCCGAUUAAUGACUCGAUCUGUCACAUGUUUAUUAACAAUUGUAAUUAGUAAAUACGACAAUUACAGCGUUAUGUAUAUUUUUUUAUGUUAAAUAUGUACAGUUACCAAUUAUGAUUGGCAAAUAAUCUAAUUUAAUAUCAAUGUGAUUCUUUGAUCCAAUAAAACGUUGGAAUAAAGUUUAAAAGAAAAAAAAAACUAUUAUGCGUUGUUAUAACACUGCCAUUAGCAGUUGGCAAUUGUAAAUUAUGUAGAAAAAUUAUAAUUGACUGUAAAUAUAUCUUUAUUAUUAACAGAUAACUGUUCCUUUCUAGAGUUAACAGCGCUAUUUUUUAUAUGCUAUACUGAUUGAACCUCCACAAUGACAUUAUUUCCCUCAUUUGUAGUAUUGUUACCAAGAUGAUGCGAAAUUGCUAAAGAUAAGAUAUUUGGAAGGAGAGUUGAAAAUGGUAUAUAGGGUCAGUCAAUAUGCCAUUUUGUGAGAUUCAAAAAUAAUAUUUUAUAAUUCAAUUACUUGUUAGGAUAUAUAUACAAUUAUUGCAAAAUUUCAAUGUCCUUGUGCACUCGAAAAGAAAGAAAAACGAAAUAUUAUCAUAAUUCGUAACUUGAAUGCUAUUAUUCAUGUAUCAUAUGACUUGUAUAUCACAAUAUUUGUUUGCUUUGUAUAAAUAUAAUAUAAAGAACAUUGCACACAGUGACUAAUAAAGAUAUUGCAAGUAUGGCAAUCAA